AUGCCAGCCAAACCUGCACCGCUUAAAAAGUCCCCGGCCAAAAAGGCCCCAGUGAAGGCUCCUGAACCAGCCCGGGUGGAGACUCCUGCUGAACCUCCUGCAGAGUCGCCUCCUGUGGAGGUACCAGCCGAGGCAGCGCCUCCCGCCCCGACAGAGGAAACACCUGUUACUGAAGCUGCUGCUCCGGCUGCUGAGGACAAGGCCUCCACACCCGCCGCUGAUGCUCCUGCAGAUGCAGCUCCAGUUGAAGCAGCCCCUGUUGAGGAGCCCCCCAAAGCCCCCACACCUCCACCUCCUCCAGUCCCCACCAGCGCCCCUGUGAGUUUAUCUGUUGAAGAUGUGAGCGAGACGUCACUCACCAUCAAAUGGAGACCACCAGAGACCAUCGGAGACUCCGGCCUGGACGGAUACUCCAUCGAGUACUGCAAGGAGGGAACUUCAGAGUGGAUUGUGGUGAAUGAAGAGUUGACCUCCGCUAACCGUUACUGCAUCAAUAACCUGACCAGCGGUGACCGGCUCAACGUGCACGUUGUGGCCAUCAACGCCGGCGGCCGCAGUGAGCCAACAGCCCUUGCCGAGCCUGUUCCUAUCCGUGAGAUUGUUGAUCGUCCCAGGAUCCGCGUACCUCGCGACCUCAGAGUUCCCUGCAUCAGGAAAGUUGGAGAGCAGGUCAACCUGGUCAUCCCCUUCAAUGGUAAACCCAAGCCCGUGGUGUCCUGGCUUAAGGAUGGCCAGCCUCUGGAUAUGAAAAAGGUGAACAUUAGAAACAGCAACAGCGACAGCAUCCUCUUCAUCCGCGCCACCGACAGGGAAGACUCCGGUGUCUAUGAAAUGGCCGUUAAGGUUGACAGCUUUGAGGACAAGGCCACCAUCACCUUACAGGUGGUGGACCUGCCCGGUCCACCUGCAGGCAUGAAACUGGUGGACACCUGGGGCUUUAACACCGCCCUGGAGUGGAACCCCCCCAAAGACAACGGCAACACGGAGAUCACUGGGUACACUGUCCAGAAGGCUGACAGGAAGACUGGGGACUGGUUCAUCGUGUUGGAGCACUACCACCGGCUGAACGCCACCAUCUCCAACCUCAUCAUGGGAAACUCGUACUCCUUCAGGGUGUUUGCUGAGAACAAAGUGGGUCUGAGUCAGCAGUGUGCCGUCACCAAGGAGGUGGCCACCAUCCAGAAGACAGGUAUCGUUUACAAGCCACCCGAGUACAAGGAGCAUGACUUCAGCGAGGCCCCCAAGUUCACCACCAGCCUCAACGACCGCGCCACCACCGUGGGCUACACCACCAGGCUGCUGUGCUCCGUACGGGGAUGCCCCAAGCCGAAAGUAGAAUGGUUGAAGAACCAGAUGAUCAUCGGCAAUGACCCAAAGUAUCGUCAGCUGUCCAACCAGGGCGUCUGCUCACUAGAGAUCCGUAAACCCUGCAGCUUCGACGGCGGCAUUUACACCUGCAGAGCCAAGAACGAGCAGGGAGAGGCCACCGUGUCCUGCAAGCUGGAGGUCAAACAGGUGGUUGUUCCUGAAUCUAAUAAGGAGAAAGGCAAAUAAGCAGUCAUUCACCCAAAGUGUUUGGGGAACUGAGAGAGAACGAGGCGACUGGCGGUGCAGCAGUGUGUACAUGAAGUCCUGUUGGACGGAGCAUCACCCACCCCCCCCCCAACCCUGCCCCUUCCCAAAGCCCCCUCCCCCUCCGAUCACCACCACCCAAAACUCACCUUGCCCUGCAGUACAAACACACUGUAUUUUUUUAUGUGUUGUCUUUCUAGGUGUUAGUAACGUGUAUUGAGGGUGAAACGUGACUUUUUUCUCUGCCUUUGUCCACUUGCUGAUUGUUAAAUAUGUGCACUGCUCAAUAAAAAACACAAAAACAUGAACACGGCACACUGAUGAUGACUAUAUGAACAUGUAUUAAAAAUGUAAUUUUGGA